GUUUACGAGGAGUUCAUGUUGAUAGUGACGCUCAAUUACUUUCCAGAUUAAAUUGUAUAGUUCCGCGUUUUCUUACUGUUUUAUAGCAGUUUAUAUUAAACACAAUAAUCUUAUAAGUAAUAAUAAAGCUUUGUGCAGUAAAAAUCUAUAGUUUACUCACAUAUAUUUGUACCAUUAUCUCAGUUUAAAAUGCUCUUGAACUAAACGUAUUCCUGGCCUGAAUAGUCUGUGAUAUCUAGAGACACCGGCAUAAUAUAGUUACUUAAGUCAGCUUUAAAAAAAAUGAGUGGAAUCUUAGAAGUAUACAUAAAGGAGGAACGUGAAGACAAAGACAGUUCACAACCGGGUGCGAGUGAGACGGAAGCUGGUAGAACAUAUGAAAAUGAAGAGAAAGAAGAGAUUGUGGUGGAGCCUGAACUGUCGGGGAUACUGGCAGUUAAAAAUGAGGCAGAAGAUCCCUUCUGGGAAAACAGAAGCACACCACACCUCGUCCAAGAGGACAGAAGCACUCCACGCCCCAUCCAGGAGGCCGGAACCACACCACACCCCAUCCAGGAGGCAAGGAGAGAGCUGAGACCAGAGCAUUUGAGAGCAGCUGCGGCUAUCGCCUGCAGUAUACUAAGACAAGCUGAGAAAAAACGAGAGACGCCGCAGAAACCGCAAAGAAAGCAGCCCACACAACAGCACACUUGCGACAUAUGCCAAAAAGUAUUCAACCGAAUCAACAACUUAAGAAAUCACCAGCAAACGCAUAAAAAACAAUAUUGCAAUAUUUGUCGCAAAGAUUUACUAACAAGGAAGAAACUGCGAAACCAUAUCAGGAGAUUUCAUUCUGAGAAACCAUACUCCUGCAAUAUAUGCAAUAAGGAGUUUAAGGAAGCGUACGAAUUGAAAAGACACAUGCGAAUACACACCGGUGAGCGUCCGUAUUUGUGCGAAAUGUGCGAAAAAUGUUUUUCCAAUGCUGGCGCUUUGAAGGAUCAUAGACAAACCCAUAAUAAUGAGAAACGUUUCAGUUGUGACGUAUGUCAAAAACAAUUUAAACAGAAAUAUAGUUUGAAAAUACAUUUAUUAACCCAUACGCAAAAGCCGUAUCCCUGUAACACAUGUAAUAAGGAAUUUGUUCGGUCUGCGGAUUUAAACGAACAUAUGUUAUCUCAUAGUGCAAUAAAACCAUACUCGUGCAAUAAGUGCGGAACGCAGUUUUCUAGAAAAGACACUUUUUACAGGCAUGCUAAGCGGAAGUUUUGUAUGAGUAUUUCUGAUGAGAAAGCGUUCCUUGUACGUAAUGAGGAUUGCAGUUGGAGUUGAACAUGUAUUGCGCAAUUAUUGAUUGCAAUAGAGAGGUAAAGUCUAAGAAAAAAACCUGCUUGUUGUUUAAAGCUCGAACCAGAUGGCGCCAUAUGUUUUGUGGUCACUGAAUUGACAAACGGCGGCGCCGUACAGCGCCAUCUAUGUACGUCACCUGUCAAAUUCAAAUGACGAAAUCAUCAAUCAGUCAUUUAACAAUUAAUCGAAAAUGGCUUUUUCUUCCCUGCUAGGAGCUAGGGAUCAAAGUGGCACUUUUCUAUACGAGGAUACAUUUUAUUGAGUUUCUGUUCCUUUCCUCUACCUACCAUAAUCGAAGGAACAGACUUAUUCGACAUUCAGCCAAUAUUUUAAUCGGCUGUUUAAAUAAUCAACUUAAAUAAUUUUAAAAAUAAACAAAAAUAUUAAAGUGUAAACGUCAGUAUAUUAUAUAUCGUCAGUAUAUAAAGUAACACUAAUUUAUGCUACUUGGUUUGUAUGAAUAAGUGACAUAAUUUAAGAAAAAAACAGUAACUCCCUAGGGAGUUAUAGUUUUUUUUUUUUCAGAAUCCAUAACUCCCGCGGGAACAAAAUAGGCCUUUGUCCUUCAGCACACCUGCAUGAAAUAAGAUCGUUUUCGAGCAAGUGUAAUGAAAAAAAUAAAUAUUUUGUUAAUUUUUUUGUAAUACGCGCGUUUAGAACGAGAGCGUUUCGAGCACGAACAAGUUCAAACAAGUCCGCACACGAAGCGUCGUCGUAGCGUAGCGUAUGAGAUUGCUGUCGUCGUUACGACAGGCGUAGUGUAAGACGUAAAAAACAAAACUUCUCACAUAAUUAAACAAUAAAAGGGAGAAUCAACUUUUUAGCGUCACUCGUUGCCAUGGUUACGAUUAGUUGUCCAGGGGACAAAAGUUCAUUGAAAUACUGAUUUUAUGGUACUUAAAUGUAUUAAACUUGCGUUUUUGUGGUCGUUAUAACCAAUGUCCAUAAUGGACCCCCUACUAAGCAUGUCAAUAGAACGGCAUACAACGUCUCUUCAAACAAACUGUGCCACUGUUGUCCCUUGGAUAACGGGACAGGAUAACAAAACAAAAAAAAUUGAUUCACCCAAAAAAUCUUCAUCUGACGAGAAAGUAAGAUCGUCAAUAUAUCCGCCGAAGACAUCUGACGCCAGUGACGCCAUGAUAACUAAUGAGAUUUCACUUAUAAAACGCUUACGCGACGCUUGGUGCCCAGGGCGGCUACCGGGAAAAUCGAAAUUCGUCAAUUGCAGGCAUUUUUCUCUGUCACUCCGAUUACGUCUUACUAAGAGUAAAAGAGAAAGGUCCCCGCAAUUUGCGAAUUUCGGUUUUCGCGGUAGGCCCCCAGAACUCUACGCGUCUCGUACUCGUAACGUUUUUACGAUACGCUUACGCUGACGCCUCGUGUGCUAAGGGCCUAAGUCCCACAGUAAGCUGAAUAAGACUUGCGUUGUGGGUACUUAAACAACGAUAUAUAUAAUAUGUACAUAUUUAUAAAUACUUAAAUACAUAGAAAACAUGCCCUUACCAGGAUUUGAACCCGGAACCAUCGGCUUUAUAGGCAGGGUCACUACUAGGCCAGACAGGUGAUAUAAAUAAAUAAAUAAAUAAAAUCACUUUAAUUCAGACAAAAGUCCAUAAUAAUAGAAUAAGGUAAAAAUAAGAACUAAAAUACAAUAAAAUUAAUACUUAUACUAAUAGUUGCUUCAGUCGAUAGGUAUAUAAGCAAAAUGCAUUUAAAAUCUGACUGAAUUAUUGUUUAUUAUUAAUAAUGUGUAAAUUAUUGUAUCAUAAACAUUAGAUAAUCGCAUUGUACGAUUCUACUCGCAUAAGGGUAGUUUAAUAUAAUAAUACUUAGAUUUAUGUGUAUUUUUAUAAUGUGUAUAGUUCGUGUCAUCCGCGAUGAAUUAAUAAAUUAAUAUACGAGUCAAGGCACGCGUCUUCGUGAAUGACACGAUCUAUCUACACUCUAAAACUCAAUCAAUGAUAAAUAUGUGUAAAUAGAAUUAGGAAUAAAAUUACAUUUGAAAUAC